AUUCUAUUUCGAUUUUUGCUUGCACACAUUUCAAGAUGGCCGUAGCGAGUUCAGUAUAGACACGAGAUAGUGAAAGAUUUUUUUCUGCAAUAUUUCGCAUUCAAUUCGACCAAGAAAUACAUCAAAUUACUUGGAGUGCAAAGUUAUAGUGGUAAAGUGGACAAAUUUAAUAAAAUUUUUAAGAAUUUCACAUUAUUGUGAACGCUGUGGUGGGUAGAAUUUUUUGCAAGUGAGUUGUUGUUGUUGCUAUCGUACUAAAGCGGCGGGGAAAAAGCGCAUUGAAGAAAAAAUUAGUAAAACUAUUAAAAUAUAUUUAAGAAACUAGUUAAACAAGUGAAUGUGUAAAUGAAAAGGUUAGUGCCUAUAAAUUGAACGUUGUAAAUUAGCGCUAUACACAAAUUGUUGUUAUAGUUAAUUAUAUGGGACAAUUCAUAAUAAGUGAACGACUGCUGCAGCUUUCAUGCACAUAAAUCGUCAGGUGGCGGGUAAUUUUUUGACAUUAAAACAACAACUACUUCGUAAUACAACAACAUAAUUUAGAAAUAUCUAAUAAAAACAAAGAACGAAAAACUCAAAGAAGUGUGGCUCAAAUAGUGAAAUUGUUUGGCUAUAUGCAAAGAGUGAACAAAAAGAAAGUGGUGAACAUGAGUAGCGAAUUAAUUGAGGAUGGUGGUGCUAUCGAUACCGGUAGCGAUGAGGUGUUGCUAACGAAUGGUGCAAACGAGACAGACGAAGGAGUUGCCGAGUACUUGGAAGAGGUAGAGCACGACCCCAUGGCUGCUGGUAAACAGGAAAUCCCUGCAAAGCGUGGCCGUAAACCACGCCGGCCGGUAGAAGCCGAAGAAGUAGAAGAAGAGAAUAUCGAAGCGCUUGAUGAUGACGAUGUUGCUGAAGUUAUUGAGGAUGUAUUGGAGGACGAGGAUGAAGAAGAUGUGAAACCCGUAAUUGAGAAGCCGGUUUUGCGCAAACCAACACAAUUGCCCAAGAAACGCAAAGAUGUUACAGUUAAAGCAAAUUCGAGUCGAAAUAACAACUAUGUGGACGAUGACGAGAAACCCACUAGCACGGCACGCGAAGCCGCUCGAAUGGAAAACCAAGUGGAUGAGAAUCAGUGUCGCGUUUGCACCAGCAAGGAAUCGCUUAUUAGUCUCUUCAAGACUAUCAACAAACAGACGAUUGCUGAUAAGUUAAUGCUGAUCUGUCCAACUGUAUCCAUUGCACCGAAAGAUUUUAUGCCGCAAUUCAUUUGCAAUCCAUGUUUGGACAAUGCAACCAUUGCCUUACAACUUAAAACUCAAUGUGAAACCACUGAGCGUGAAUUGCGCAAGAAGUUGUCGCGCAGUAAGAAUAAAGUGCGACGACCGGCUGGUUAUGUGGUCAUAGACGCAGCAUUGGAAUCGGAUCCCUCCGAUGAAGAACCUAAUGACGAUGUCGAAUUCAAAGUGUCCGACGAGGGCGGAAUAACAGCAGAAGAUGAUUCAGAUGAUUCCGAUUUUGGCGCCAUCAAAAAGAAGCGUUCGCCGCGUGCCACUGGCGGCAGACGAGGAAGACGUAGAUCAGCCGCUGUCACGCCGGCGCCGCCAAAAGUCAAAGAGAAGAAACGUAUGGGACGUCCGCCAGCAAAACGACGCCUACCAACUCCGCCUCCAAUGAAGGAAGAGAGUAGUGACGAAGCCGAGGAGGAGUCCCCCAAGAAACAGAUAAAGAAAAAGAAGAUCAAGAGCACACCACCAGCUGAGGAGCAAGAAGAAAAGCCCACUGAAUUUCCAUGCGACGAAUGUGAACAAGUUUUUACGCGCAAACUAUCAUUGAUACUACACAAAAAGGCGCACUCACAACGAGAGCCGCUCAAAUGUGAAAUAUGUGGGCAGAUAUUCAAAAUACAGGGCGCUUAUCGUAAACAUGUGCAAAAACACAACGAAGAGCCGACCGGCUUUGAGUGUAACAAAUGCGAAUAUACGGGCACUAGUAAGGCGGAGUUACGUCGCCACUUGGUGGAUGAACAUGACGAGCAAGGUGUGCUGUAUCAAUGCGAGAAAUGUAAGCGAAAAUUUGUGUCGGAGGCACGGUUGGAAAAGCACAAGGAAGGACGUUGCCCGGGUCAAGAACGCGCUCCGAAAUUGCGGCAAGAUGUGGAAAAUUAUACUGUGGGAAAGGAUCUAUUCAAAUCGGUGGCACCGCUCACUACUACCUACUGGAGUGACAGCUUCUCCGACUAAGCGCUACGGGCCAUAGCUAUUUGCAUUUGUUAGGUGCAACGGUAAUGACAUGGAAGUGUUUUAAGCAGCUUUCUUUUUAUUGAUUUUCUCUUCAGCUACUCGGUUUUUCAGAAGCAAUAGUUAAAACAAAGGCGAAAAGCGUAAAGCGUAAAGUUGUAUAGCUCUAUACAUAAAAAGUUAUUUAUGUUCAUUGCCGGCUUGAAAAAUUGCAUAAAUUAAUAUCGAUGUUAAGUGUUGGAUUUGUCGUAAAGCGAUGAAAAACAAAGUAGAGAAACAGUUUACUUACUUAAAUAUAAAUGUCAUCAACUUAUUUUUAAGCAAUUAAAGUUUUGUAACGAAUAUUUCUUUCCAUGCGCCUUAGACUCACCUUUGCUCAUUUGAAACCAAAAAUUGUAUUUUCAGGCGUCUUUUUUUAAUAUUUCUGUAACAUAAUUUUAUGAUUUGGAAUCGUAAAUUUGCUUAAUAUUUAGAGAAAUAAUUUUGAAACUCUGUACGAAUGCAUCAAUUUCAUAUUUUUACAAAAGCGACAUGCGACAUUUUCUUAGCAUUAAAGGUUAUUGUAAAUGAAAAUUUAUAAGAAAGUAUUUCUAAGUAUGGCGUUGUAAGGAAACUCCGUUCUAGUGUAUAAUGAAGAUGAGUAAAAACUACUUUUUCCGUAAAAUUAACAAAUAAAGUAAAUUAAGAAAAACAAA